AUGGGACAGUCUUCCUCUACGCAACGAGAUCGUCGUCACAGUACCCCGUCAGAAUACUUUCGAUCUUUCCACGCGAACCGUGCCCGGCCGAAUAGGAAUGAAGAAAUGAACAACGGCCACAAUCUGGAGCAGACUGGGGAAUACCCACCCCAGUCGGGGGCGGAAAUACAUAGUGGUGGCAGUCAGACAGGAGCUGCUCAGCCCAACUCGACCGCGGAGAUAUGGCAACCGAAUAUUCCCAUCGACGAGCAACGGCAGAUGAGAACCAUACAAGAAGAGAACGGCUCUCAGUAUGAGCCCAGCCAGCGGGAAUAUCGGUCGGCCAUCUUUGCCCGCAUGGCUGCAAGAAGGCAGACCGCGAUAUCGCGCCUGGGCUCCAGGUUUCUACCAAAUUCGGUCAUACGCGGUUUGCUAAGCAGCGAAGAAGAGACGCCUGCAGAAGGUCAUGCCCACCGUCAUGGUAUCGUUUCAAGAUCGAUCCCGAGAUCAGAGACCACGCAUAGCAGCGCCCGUUUCAGUCCCUUUAGCUCUCCCAGCUCGAGAGGUGUUUCCAGACGACGCUCACUUCGCGGACCUUACUUUAUUCCUCGCAAUGAUCCAUCGACGCUGUCAGAUGCCGCUCAUCCCAGCGCGUAUCUCGAUGCUGCAGCAGAAAGCUCUCCCGAACCCACGAGAAGCUCUUGGCGGCGCAGUGCCCGGCUGCACCGUGUGCGGAAUUCAUUAUCAGGACCUAUCACCCACAUGUUUGGCCAAUCUUCUUCAAAUAUGCCGGGCCAGGAACCAGGGGCAACCAUACAGCCGCCGCUAGACCCUGUAGUAAGUGCAGACCCGAAUGGAUUUCUCCCUUAUUCGGGAUCUAUGGACAGCCAGAUGGACUUUGACGAGCCGCACGAGCUUGAUUCCGUGGAACCUGCUGUGGGCAGCACCCGCCCUACCUCUCCCAUGUCAUCGCAGUCAUCGCAAGGCCCGUCUGGCCUACGGCAGUUUCCCGCUCUGUUGCGAGGGAGGCCAUCCCGAGUCCCGCGCCGGGAGGAACAAACACCUCUGUCGCGUGUCCUUCAACUGGCUGCCGCUGCCAUUGCUGCCCAACUUUCUGGAACAGCUGGCCCCGUUAUGCCCAACAUCCAGGCUCUGGGUAAUGAUGGCCUUGACGGCUCCUUGGAGAACUUUAUCCAGAGUUUACAGCAUGCUACAUCCGCGCAGGCGACCCCAAAUGAAGCUGGGAAUGUGGCAGGUGACAGCGCCCCUCCGACCCCGGUUAACUUCCUACGAGUUUUCCGAUUUGCCAACUCGGAUGGUGCUCGACCUGCCGGCCAACCGAAUCGCUCGACAGGGGAUUCUGAGCAUGCAGACAGCAAUGGAAAUGGAAUGGAUGUAGACAGUUCUGCGGAUGGGCCUGAAGGACGCACCGUCACGCUUGUUGUGGUCGGGGUAAGAUCCGUCCCAUCGGGCAAUGGGCCCAGCGGUGGUGACCAGCCAGGAAACGCGGGGACUGGUUUGGACGCCCUGCUUCGCCUACCGUUCCUAACCCCAGGGAACCUGUCACGAAAUCCUGACAACGGCUCUGGAAUCCCACGUUCUGAAGGGCGACCAAGGUUCUCCUCCAUCCGCCCUCAAUCUGAGGCUACCAGUGGUCUCUCUGCAAGCAAUGAUUCUUCACAACAAGGAGUCCCUGGAUCACUAAGGAGGAUGUCUGACACGGGCAGCCGCGCCCCAUUAGGCUCACUCUCCUCAGCCCCUUCUGUACUUUCAGAGAGCCCCCCAGGCCCUCACCCUCCUCCCUCGACGCCGGCCGAAGCCGGAUUGUCAAACGUGUCAUCUAGUGCUUCCACCCCCAGCCGGCGACCGUCUGCUGCGUCAGCAAUGCCCCCUAGUACUCUACCGCACUGGGACUCCAACCGGGCCAUACAGCCUACGGUCGAAGACGGCAUUCCACUAAAUGCACGCCAGCGGCGUCGAAGUGACUCAGAGUACGCGCGUCAUCGUGAUCUCGGGUCUGGUGCUGUCAGACGCAAUGGUGUUGUGGAACCCGACAAUGCCACGCCUUCCACAGGCCGGAGCUGGCUGAUUUACGUUGUUGGAACUAACCUCUCGGAGAACCACCCUGCCUUUGCAACACCGAGUCUGUUUACUGAUAACCCAACAUACGAAGACAUGAUCUUGCUCUCGUCUCUCCUUGGGCCAGUCAAGCCCCCGGUUGCCAGCCAGGAGGAUCUUUCUACGGCUGGGGGAGUGUUCCGUCUGGUGGAAUACGCCGGGUCGCUCGUUGCAGAGGCCUUGGAAGGUGCUGGCACCAUCCAGGUCCCUGAGGGCGAGCGUUGCCUGAUCUGUCUCAGUGACUACGAGGUGGCAGAGGAGCUCCGACAACUGAAUAAAUGCCAGCAUCUUUUCCACCGGGACUGCAUCGAUCAGGUUCUCGACAUCGAAUCCCCGUCUUCCUUGACAACAGGAAACCAAACGCCCAUCAUGGACACCCCCGUGCGCCUCACCGUUCUCAUAUCCGGCAACGGCUCCAACCUGCAAGCCGUGAUAGACAAGACCGCCCAAGGCGAACUCUCCACCCAGAUCGUGCGCGUGAUCUCUAACCGCAAGGAUGCGUAUGGCCUCGAGCGGGCUCGACAGGCCAGCAUCCCCACGCAAUACCACAACCUGGUGAAAUACAAGAAACAACACCCCCCGACACCGGAGGGCAUCCAGGCCGCCCGGGAGGAGUACGACGCCGAGCUGGCCCGAUUGGUGCUGGCCGACAAGCCGGAGAUGGUUGCGUGCCUGGGAUUCAUGCACGUCCUCUCCCCGAGGUUCUUGGAGCCGCUGGAGAAGGCGAAGAUUCAGAUUAUCAAUCUGCACCCGGCGCUGCCAGGAGCUUUCAAUGGCGCCAAUGCCAUUGAACGCGCUCAUGCGGCUUGGCUGGAAGGCAAGAUUGAUAAGACGGGGGUUAUGAUCCACAAGGUCAUUUCGGAGGUGGACAUGGGCACGCCGAUUCUGGUCCGGGAGAUCCCGUUUGUCAAGGGGGAAGAUGAGGAUCUGCAUAAGUUCGAGCAGAAGGUGCAUGAGGUUGAGUGGGAGGUUGUGAUUGAGGGGGUGAAACUCACCAUUCAGGAGGUGAAGAAGGCGCGGUAG